AUGUCGCUCUACGAAUACAAACACCCGAUCAUCAACAAGGAGCUGGUGACAGGGCCGGACGCGGCAUCGCGCAAGCAGUUCCCGACGCUGGAGGCGUGGUACGACGUGGUCAACGACUACGAGUUCCAGGCGCGGUGCCCGGUGAUCCUGAAGAACUCGCACCGCAACAAGCACUUCACGUUCGCGUGCCAUCUCAAGUCGUGCCCGUUCAAGGUGCUGCUGAGCUAUUCGGGCCACAACAAGGACGGGCCGUUCGAGUCUGCGAAGGGCGAGGACGACGAGGACGACGAGGACGAGGACGAGGUGGAUGUGGGCGACGACGGCGAGCCACGCCAGCGCCACCAGCACCACCAGCACCACCAGCACCUCCAGCACCAUCAGCACGACGCCGGCGACGACGUUAGUGCGGCCAUUGCAGCCGCGGUCGCGGCUGUCACCGACACCAAGCCCAGCGGCCACGGCUCGCCCUCGGGCGACGCCGGCUCUCGCUCCGGCUCCACCAACGGCGACGACAGCGACAGUCUCAGCGCACAACUCGCAACCGUGCGUGGGCCCUUCACCGUCACCAAGAUCGACCCUUACCACAACCACCCGCUCGAAUCCAACCUAUCGCUCUCCAAAUUCGUGCUCACCAAAGUGCCUCGGAUUCUCCAAAACGAUCUCAAGUUCGACUCCAUCCUCGAGUCCCUCUGCAACGACGACGACAACACCGUUGCCAAGUUCCGCGUCUCCCAGUACGUCGAGGAAAGUGGAAUCCUUGAUAUUCUCAAGGAACGGUACGGACUUUCCGACCACGAUCUCGACAAAAAACUCUUGUCCCACAUCGCACGUCGUAUCACCACUUACAAAGCCCGUUUCGUGCUCAAGAAGAAGAAAAACGGCACCUAUGGCGUUUCUCCCAAUGCCAUGAGCAUGAGUGCCGCGGCCGCGGCUGCGGCCGCGAUCAGUGCCAAUGGAAGUGGAUCCGGUUCUGCUACUCCUCAACAACACCAUCACCAUCACCACCCACAACAGCAACAACAUCAUCACCACCCACAACAACACCAUCUCCACCACCAACAGCAACAACUCGGGUCUCCUGACCUGGACAAAAAACGUUCUUACUCCACCAACGAGCCUGUAUCGGACCAGGAUGACGACCUCGACACCCGCAAGCGUUCUCGUACCAACAAGAUAUCUACCGCGGUCAAGAUGGGGACGCGGUCCUCGCUUGUCAAUGACCCAGGUCUUGCCCAACUCGACGAUGCCAACGACUCCGAAGACAACAAGUUGCCCCAGGACGUGGCCGAACAGUUGCGUCUACUAAGCUCUCAUUUAAAAGAAGUUGAACAACAGCAACAACAACAAGAGCAAGAACAAGAACAUCAUCACCACCACAACCACGAGCAAGAGCCCCACGACCACGACCACGAUCAUGACCAUCUAACCAACCACCAACACCAUCUCCCUCACCAUCAACAAGAACAUCAUCUCAACCAUAACCGUUCACCUCGUCGUCAAGGUCAUCUUCGCGAAGAAGACGAUGAAAAUAUCCAACCUGAGCUAAGAGGGCAAUGA